GUAGCACGACGGCGCAAUGGUCUACUGUGCACGAUAGCUCUGACUCCAUUCUCCAUUUGAGUCAUUUCGCGCUGAUCCGAGCGAGUACCGAUUGAGAAUUACUACAUAACCACCACUUAAAAAGUACAAAGAGUGGUAAAUCAUUGGGAUUUAAACAAAAAUAUAAUAUUUAAAGAAUUGUUUAAUAUAUCUAAUAUUAAACCACACAUUCAGCACAAUACAUACAUUAAGUAGUAAAAUGGCAAAAUAUAUAGACUCUUCUCUUGGAUUUAGAAUUGGCGACUUGAUGAACGAGAAUGGAUUUACUUUUGAUGUUGAGGGGCAAGAUUUUGAUGAUGACGAUGAAUUUGGAUAUUCCCCAAAUGUACAUUUCACUAAUCAAGAAAUGAUAAACUUGUUGAACAUGGAUAAUGGUGAUGGCGAAGAGAAUGAAGAAGGAGGUUGUGAAACUCUCAAUGGGUUAAAUUUUGAAACCUUGAGACAAAAAAUGUCACCUGUAACCUUAGAUCAAAAGGUCAUGAAAUAUGUAAAAAAAAAUGGUGUGGAAGAAAGUGUUAGUAAUGCUCAUAAUCCUCAACUAACUUUCCACUAUGUUGCAUAUUAUGAACACGGAGAUACUCCUUUUGAUUCUACUUAUGCUGCUGGAAGGCCACGAUGCCUGCGACUAAAUGAAGUCUUACCUGGUUUAGCACUUGGUCUGCAAACUAUGCUAAAAGAUGAGAUAGCAGCAUUUUUAAUACAUCCUGAUUUAGCUUAUAAGGCUCUUGGGUGUGCACCAACCAUUCCACCUAAUUCAGUGGUUUUGUUUGUUGUGCAUUUACUUUCUUUUCUUGAUGAUGGUUCUGCGGAUACAUUAGAAAAUCUCAGCAAAGAAGAAAAGCAAUCGUUUAUAUACAUGAAAAAGAUUGUAGAACAAAAGCUCGGAGCUGCCAAACAUUAUGUAGCUAAGCAUAAUAUAAAACGAGCAAUACGAGAAUACAGAUCUGCUAUUGAUAUCUUGGAAAGUGUAAAGUUAAAAGAUGCUAUUGAGGAACAAGAAAUGCAUGAGUUACUUGUAAGAAGUUGUACUAAUCUGGCUAUUUGUUCCAACAAAGAAAAUAUCCCACGUAGUGCUUGUAUAGCUUGCUUACGAAUACCUGAAGAUAUGCGAACUAGCAAAACUUAUUACAAUUUUGGAAAAGCUCUGUUAACUCUUGGAGAAUACAAGUCAGCAAUGACAGAAUUGCAAAAAGCUUUGAAGAUAGAUCCAGAAAAUGAAGCAAUAAAAAAAAUGAUUAAACUGACAAAUAAAAAACAAAUCGAAUAUUCGAAAAUUGAGAAACGCUUGUGGAAAAAUAGUUUCCGAUCUCAAACGGACGAAACGACGGAAAAAGUUUCUGAAUUUCGAAAAGCUGCGCGUGCAUUGUGCGAAUCUAUUAACGACAAAGACGUAAUGAGACAACCUCUUCCCACAGAAGGUUUCACAGAAGAGGAGCAUCAAAUCUUACGCGAUGAAGCUGCCAAGCUAGGAUUAAAUAUUCUUCACAGUAUAAGAUAUGGCGAAGAAACUGUGUAUAUUCAAAAGGGAAAAUCAUAAAGUUGUUAUAAUUUCGCUUUACAAAUAGAUAGUGGAGUAACUUUUUAUAUAUCAAUGCUUAUGGUCGUUACUAUAUGUAUCCCUUUCGCAUUCUAAUAAUCGAGCGUCGUUCAGGAUACGAGAUUCAACGUUUUUUUUUUUAUUUUACACUGUUUAUAUACUGUUUAUAUUAAUUCUUGUUAAAAGACAGUUUUGCUUUGUACGCUAAGAUUAUGCAGUUUCUUCAACGGCUACUCUCGAACUGCGGGAACAAUCUGCUGUUCUCAUGACUGACGUCGAGGGUACUGGACCUAUCUGUUAUUACCGAUCGAACGAGUAAUUAGUAGUUUAGAUUUAUUUUUGUAUUUACUGCUCGGUCAGACAAACGAUUUUUUAAAAAAUAAAAGAAAAUAGUAUCUCAAAGAGAUCUGUCGGAUCUCAAUUUUCUAAAAAUUAAACAAAAAUGUUUUUGCAGUUACUGAUAUCUCGAUCUAAUGUAUUUUUUUUUUUUUUUGUAGUUUAAAGUUAAUAUAUGAAAAAGAACAGACAGAGAGAAAACUAGAAAUACUAUCCAGAGAAUGUAAUAAGAUCAUCAGACUAUGAUUUAGAAACCUACAAUAGACAAAAGAUCUAAACUACGUUUAAAUCUAACAUAGUCUCUUUUUACAUAUGUGUGUUCUCUAACGAAGCUCUAUCAUUGAUGUUAAUUGUAUCGGUAACGGUAGUCACGAUAUUAUAUAUAGACGCUUCAGUACCUUCUUAAUGUAUGUUGACGUUAUUACAUAUAAUACAACUAUAAUUUCAGAUGUUCUUGUAAAAGACCCACACAGAACAAAAACUCCAUUAGACGUCGACAGCUCCAUGCGACAUCCCUUACAAAAGAGAACUACUGCCGA